AGCAAAAGUCUUGGAAUGUGGAGCAGCAACAUGUCAACUGCAGGAGUGUUUAACUACAAAUGCAUGGCAAACAACUCUGUGAAAGCAGCGUACAGCAUGAAUGUAACAGUUACUGUAAAUGUGCCUUCAUCCAUACAAGCAAUAGAUGAUAUGAAAGUUGUUGAAGGUGACAAUGUGAAUCUUAUGUGUUAUGUGUCUGGAAUACCUACACCAAUUGUAUCUUGGAUUAAGCCUGGUGGUCCGCGUCACAAUGGACACAUGUUGGAGGUUACUCACAUUAACAGGGCUCAUGUUGGUGAAUACAAAUGUGAAGCUAGUAAUGAGUGUGGCAAUGCAACAAAAACGGCUUCCAUUGGUGUGCAGUACAAACCAGAGAAUGUGCAAUUUACAACUUCUGUGAUCGACGACAAAGCAUGUCAGGGUAAUACUAUUACCUUUAACUGCUCAGCUGAUGCUAAGCCAGCAGUGACGUCAUACCAGCUGUUUAAGAAUGACACUGCUAUGGACGUCAGCCUUUCAGGGAUGUGGAGCGAAACAUUGACAAGUGGAGGAGUGUUUGUCUACAAAUGUGUGGCUAACAACACUUUAGGAACAGCAUCUAGUACGGAUGUUACUGUUACUGUGAAUGUGCCUUCAAAUAUCCAAGCAAUUCAAGAUCAGAAUGUAACCGAAGGUGAAAAUUUAACUUUGACAUGCACUGCAUCUGGAAUGCCUCAACCAAAGGUGUCUUGGAUUAAGCCCAAUGGUCAGAGUGUUGCUGGAAAUGUGUUAAAGUUUGUGAACAUUAACAGGAGUGAAGCUGGUAAAUACAAAUGUGAAGCCAGUAAUGAGUGUGGCAAUGCAACAGAGAUGGCAACCAUUGAUGUGCAGUACGAACCAGAGAAUGUGCAAUUUACAACCGCUGUGAUCGACGACAAAGCAUGUCAGCGAAAUACUAUUUCUUUCAACUGCUCAGCUGAUGCUAAGCCAGCAGUGACGUCAUACAAGCUGUUUAGGAAUGACACUGCCUUGGCCAAUAGCGUCACAGGGAUUUGGAGCGAACCAUUGGAAAGUGGAGGAGUGUUUGUUUACAAAUGUGUGGCUACCAACACUUUGGGAACAGCAUCUAGUAUGAAUGUAGCUAUUACUGUGAAUGUGCCUUCAUCCAUACGAGCAAUAGAUCUCAAGACGGUCACUGAAGGUGACAAUCGGACUCUGAUGUGUAACGUAUCGGGAAUGCCUCCGCCAAUGGUGUUUUGGAUGAAGCCUGCUGGUCAGCGUCAUAGUGGAUUUAUGCUGAAUGUUGUAAACAUUAACAGGGGUCAAGAUGGUGAAUACAAAUGUGAAGCCAGUAAUGCAUGUGGUAAUGCAACAAAGACAGCAACCAUUGAUGUGCAUUACAAACCUGAGAAUGUCCAGUUAAUGAGUUCUGCCAUGAACAACAAAGCAUGUAAGGGAAAAGUCAUCAGCUUUAAUUGCUCAGCUAAUGCUAAUCCAGGAGUGACGUCAUACCAGCUGUUUGAGAACGAAACUGCCAUUUUAAACACAAGUGCCUCGGGGAUGUGGAGCAAGACUUUGGAAAGAAAAGGAGUGUUUGUCCACAAAUGUGUGGCCAACAACUCUCUAGGAUCAGAAUACAGCAUGCAUGUUACUGUUACCGUGAAUGUACCUUCUUCAAUUACCCAAAUAACACAAGAUCAGAAUGUAACCGAAGGUGACAAUUUAACUUUGACAUGUAAUGCAUCUGAAAUGCCUCAACCAAACGUGUCUUGGAUUAAGCCUGGUGGUAAGCGUCAGUAUGGACACAUGUUGGAGUUUACAAACAUUAACAGGAGUCAAGCGGGCGAAUACAAAUGUGAAGCCAGUAACGAGUGUGGUAAUGCAACAGAGACGGCAACUAUUGAUGUGCAGUACAAACCAGAGAAUGUCCAGUUAAUGAAUUCUGCCAUGAAUGACAAAGCAUGUACGGGAAAAGUCAUCAGUUUUACUUGCUCAGCUGAUGCUAAUCCAAGAGUGACGUCAUACCAGUUGUUUGAGAACGAAAAGGCCAUUUUAAACACAAGUGCCUCGGGGACGUGGAGUAAGACUUUGGAGAUUGAAGGAGUGUUUGUCUACAAAUGUGUGGCCAACAACUCUCUAGGAUCAGAAUACAGCAUAAAUGUUCCUGUCACUGUAAAUGUACCUUCUUCAAUUUCCCAAAUAACACAAGAUCAGAAUGUAACUGAAGGUGACAAUUUAACUUUGACAUGUAAUGCAUCUGGAAUGCCUCAACCAAAUGUGUCUUGGAUUAAGCCUGGUGGUCAGCGUCAGUAUGGACACAUGUUGGAGUUUACAAACAUUAACAGGAGUCAAGCGGGCGAAUACAAAUGUGAAGCCAGUAACGAGUGUGGUAAUGCAACAGAGAUGGCAACUAUUGAUGUGCAGUACAAACCAGAGAAUGUCCAGUUAAUGAAUUCUGCCAUGAAUGACAAAGCAUGUACGGGAAAAGUCAUCAGUUUUACUUGCUCAGCUGAUGCUGAUCCAAGAGUGACGUCAUACCAGUUGUUUGAGAACCAAAAGGCCAUUUUAAACACAAGUGCCUCAGGGACGUGGAUUAAGACCUUGGAAAGUGAAGGAGUGUUCUUCUACAAAUGUGUGGCUAACAACUCUCUAGGAUCAGAAUACAGCAUGAAUGUUCCUUUCACUGUAAAUUUACCUUCUUCAAUUUCCCAAAUAACACAAGAUCAGAAUGUAACCGAAGGUGACAAUUUAACUUUGACAUGUAAUGCAUCUGGAAUGCCUCAACCAAAUGUGUCUUGGAUUAAGCCUGGUGGUCAGCGUCAGUAUGGACACAUGUUGGAGUUUACAAACAUGAACAGGAGUCAAGCUGGUGAAUACAAAUGUGAAGCCAGUAAUGAGUGUGGCAAUGGAACAGAGACGGCAACCAUUCAUGUGCUGUAUACACCAAGAAUAACAAACAUUUCUGGUGAGCAGAUCGUGAAUAAAGGUGACGUGGUGAGUUUGUUUUGUAUGGCGGAAGGUAAUCCAGCACCAAAGAUAACUUGGACAAAAGUUGCUGAUAACAGUCAAGUGAACUUUCCUUUGACCAUCCGUGGUAGUCAGGAUGAAGGACUGUACAGAUGUACAGCUGAGAAUGGUGUUGGAAGCCCUGUAACUAAGUUUGUCAACAUGACAGUACAUUGUAAGUGGUGUAGUUAUGGCAGUUAUGAUUGUCUUUUGUUUGAUCUCAAGCUUUUACAUAAUAUUGGCCCACAAUAGGUAUUGGCUCAGACUGAUACCUUAGUUUUGACAUAAUUUUCAAUUGACUGUCGAUUUUGGUUUUACGUAACUCAGCUCACUGAUUGGUCCAGCAAACUCGCGCCAUUCUCUCAACCAAUCAGAUGCAACGCUAAAAUCAACCGCGACUUUGUCUUUGUUUUCCCGCGCCUCAAGAAGUCUGCUUGUUUUCAAUUCGUGUUCUCAUUGGCUAAUGAUAAUGUUAACCGUAUUGGUCGCUGUGAUUAUAUUUGUUUUGGUUUUUCGACACACGAUUUAAAACUGCUCCUGAGUAACAAAA